AUGGAGGUCGCCCAAGGAGGAUCGGAACGAGAGAAAUCGAACUCCGGUUCAUCGGCUCCGGUUUCUGCUGUCGCUAGCUACUGGAAAGAUUUCGAUCUUGAAAAGGAAAGAGCUCUUCUCGAUGAGCAAGGGCUUCGGAUUGCUGAAAAUCAAGAGAACAGUCAGAAAAAUCGUCGAAAGCUUGCUGAGAGUACUAGAGAUUUCAAGAAAGCUUCAAAUGAAGAGAAGCUGAGUCUAUUUAACUCUUUACUAAAGGGUUAUCAAGAAGAAGUUGAUAAUCUCACAAAGAGAGCUAAGUUUGGAGAAAAUUCUUUUCUUACCAUUUAUCAGAAGAUUUAUGAAGCACCAGAUCCUUACCCGGUUCUUGCCUCAAUAGCAGAGAAAGACUUGAAACUUUCUGAAUUAGAGUCCGAGAACCGAAAGAUGAAGGUUGAGCUUGAGGAGUUCCGAACAGAGGCAACUCAUCUGAAAAAUCAACAGGCCACUAUAAGAAGACUUGAAGAGAGAACUCGCCAGUUAGAACAACAGAUGGAAGAAAAAGUAAAAGAAAUUGUGGAGAUCAAGCAACGUAGUUUGGCAGAAGAGAAUCAAAAAAGUUUGGAGGUUUUGAAGGAAAGAGAACGGAUGUUGCAAGAUCAGUUACGUCAGGCACAGGACAGUGUUUCUACUAUGCAAAAAUUACAUGAACUAGCACAGAGCCAGUUGUUUGAAGUCCGUGCACAAUCAGAGGAAGAUAGAGCAGCAAAGCAAUCAGAAGUCAAUCUCUUGAUGGAUGAAAUUGAGCGUGCACAAUCUCGGCUUUUUAGUCUUGAAAGAGAAAAGGGAUUGUUGCGUUCUCAGUUGCAAACAGCUAAUGAAGACAAUGACCAAAAGAAAAGUGAUAAUGUCGACACCAAUAGCAUGCUUGAGAAUUCCCUUAGUGCCAAAGAAAAGAUUAUUUCUGAGUUAAACAUGGAGCUUCAUAGUAUUGAGACCACCUUAUCAAAUGAGAGAGAACAGCACAUCAACGAGAUGAAGCGUUUGAAUGCUAUGCUUAAUGAGAAAGAAACUAAUAUUGAGGAGAUGAAAAGGGAGCUUCAGAUGAGGCCAACAGCAAAAUUGGUCGAGGACUUGCAUAAGAAGAUCAAAAUUUUGCAGGCAGUGGGUUAUAAUUCAAUUGAGGCUGAAGAUUGGGAAGUAGCUACCACUGGAGAAGAGAUGAGUAAACUUGAAUCACUUCUUCUUGAUAAGAACAGGAAAAUGGAGCAUGAACUCACUCAACUCAAGGUCAAGCUUUCUGAAAAGAAAUCAUUGGUGGAGGCAGCUGAAGCCAAAAUCGGAGAGUUAACUGCAAAGGUCGAUGAGCAACAAAAAUUGAUACAGAAGCUAGAGGACGAUAUAUUAAAGGGUUAUAGCUCCAAGGACAACAAAAAGAGCACAUUAUUUGAGGAUUGGGAUUUAUCAGAAUCUGGUGGAACAGAUCCAUCUAAAAAUAUUGAGCAGAGAAAUGUUCCAUCGGAUCAAGAUCAAAGCUCAAUGCUGAAGGUGAUCUGCAACCAACGAGACCGUUUCCGGGCACGGUUGAGAGAGACUGAAGAGGAAUUAAGACAGCUGAAAGAGAAGAUAGGGAUGCUAAAUACUGAACUUGAGAGAACAAAAGCAGAUAACGUGAAACUUUAUGGGAAAAUUCGUUACAUUCAGGACUACAAUUCUGAAAAAGUAAUCUCCCGAGGAUCAAAGAAGUACGCUGAAGAUAUAGAAAGUGGUUUUGGCUCUGAUGUGGAAUCCAAGUAUAAGAAAAUAUAUGAAGAUGACAUAAAUCCUUUUGCAGCAUUCUCAAAAAAGGAAAGAGAUCAGAGGUACAAGGAGCUUGGUUUAAGAGAUAAAAUCACUCUUAGCAGUGGACGGUUCCUUCUUGGUAACAAAUAUGCUCGAACAUUUGCAUUCUUCUAUACGAUCGGGUUGCAUGUAUUAGUGUUUACUUGUCUGUACAGGAUGUCUGCCCUAAGUCACAUGAGCAAUGGGCCUGAGGAAUUCUUGGUCGGAGAUAAAACGCUGAAUCUUCCGCACGCAUUAUAG